AUGGUUUUUGUCCGGCGGCCCAACACCUUGACAUUCCACAGGGCACCCUACAAGUUCGGAGACUAUGGCGGGGUUGGCAUGGGCACCCUAGAAGCGAGGCCACACAGGCUCGUCCAUAUCUGGACCAACGUGAUCAAGACAUCCACCAACAAGGACUCUGCCUCCAACCCCUUCUACUCCCACCACGCCAACGUGGAUCGUCUAUGGGAGACGUGGAAGACGCUCCUCGGCAAAUACCGCAAGGACAUCUCAAAUCCCGACUACUUUAACACGGAAUUCACGUUCUCCGACGAGGACGGCGAACAAGUGUCUGUCAGCGUGAAACAAACACUGGAUCUCGACUUAUUGUGGUACAAGUACACGAAUUCGUUGGCCGACUGGGUGGAGAAUGGAGCGGUUUCGAAAGCUGCCAGUCCUUAG